AUGGAUAAACUGAAGCUUUUCCACGUAACGCCUUUUAUGCAACGCAUUUUCAAAAUGGCGGCCGCGGUAAUGGAGACGUGGUGGGCCUUGCUGCUAUUAACCUCUUUGCCUGUGGUGUUGCCAUUCUACGUUCCUGGUGUUGCUCCCCGCGACUUCCAUGAAGGAGAUAUUGUAGAUAUUAAGGCUGUGAAGAUGACAAGCUCUCAUACGCAGCUUCCUUUUGAAUAUUACUCCUUGCCAUAUUGUAAGCCAAGCUCUGUUUUCUACAAAGGAGAAAACUUAGGUGAGGUGUUGCGUGGGGACCGCAUUGUGAACACCCCCUUCAAUGUUGAAAUGAACAAGGACAAGAAGUGUGAGGUGGUGUGUGACAAGAAAAAACUGAGCAAAGAAGAGAGCAAGUUGUUUGCAGAGAGAAUACAGGAGGAGUACUAUGUUCACCUCAUCGCAGAUAAUCUGCCGGUAGCAACCAGGUUGGAGGUGUAUCUCAAUAGGGAAGCAGGAGCAGAAGAAGAGGCAAAGAAGGAUACAGUAAAAGAUAUCCAGUUUGAACAUGGCUACAGGCUGGGCUUUUUUGACAACAACAAGUAUUAUCUGCACAACCACCUUUCCUUCAUCCUGUACUUCCACAGGGAAAAAUCGGAAGCGGGGGAGCAGCACAACUACAGAGUGGUGCGAUUUGAGGUCGUUCCCCAAAGUGUGAAAGUAGAAGAUCUGGGGGCUGUGGACAAAAAGAAUACGUGCACGUUGCCAGAGGCUAGUGACUCUGCAGCACAAGAAAUUGACCCCACCAAGGAAAAUGAGGUUCUCUUCACGUACUCUGUACACUGGGAGGAGAGUGAGGUGAAAUGGGCUUCUAGAUGGGACACAUACCUGACCAUGAGCGACGUGCAGAUUCACUGGUUUUCCAUUGUCAACUCUGUGGUGGUUGUCUUCUUCCUGUCUGGUAUCCUCAGUAUGAUCAUCAUCAGAACCUUAAGGAAAGACAUUGCUAAUUACAACAGAGAGGAUGACAUAGAAGACACAAUGGAAGAGUCUGGAUGGAAGAAUGUCCAUGGUGAUGUCUUUAGGCCACCUCAGUAUCCCAUGAUUCUCAGCUCACUUCUCGGUUCAGGGAUCCAGCUCUUUUGCAUGAUCCUUAUUGUUAUCUUUGUUGCCAUGUUGGGCAUGUUGUCCCCGUCGAGUAGAGGAGCUUUGAUGACCACUGCGUGCUUCCUCUUCAUGUUUAUGGGUGUGUUUGGAGGCUACUUUGCAGGAAGACUAUACCGCACACUGAAAGGCCAUCGGUGGAGGAAAGGAGCGUUUUGUACUGCAACGUUGUAUCCAGCAGUGGUAUUCGGAAUCUGUUUCAUCCUCAACUGUUUCAUCUGGGGAGAGCACUCCUCUGGAGCGGUGCCUUUCACCACCAUGCUGGCUCUGCUAUGUAUGUGGUUUGGUAUCUCCAUGCCUUUGGUGUACCUGGGCUACUACUUUGGUUUCCGCAAACAACCAUAUGACAACCCUGUGCGCACCAACCAGAUCCCUCGGCAGGUUCCAGAGCAGCGCUGGUACAUGAACAAGUUUGUGGGAAUCCUGAUGGCUGGGAUUCUACCAUUUGGAGCCAUGUUCAUAGAGCUCUUCUUCAUUUUCAGUGCCAUCUGGGAGAAUCAGUUCUAUUACCUCUUCGGCUUCCUGUUUCUGGUCUUCAUCAUAUUGGUGGUCUCCUGCUCUCAGAUCAGCAUUGUCAUGGUUUAUUUCCAGCUGUGUGCAGAGGACUAUCGGUGGUGGUGGAGAACCUUCCUGGUUUCGGGAGGGUCAGCAUUCUAUGUCCUUGUGUACGCUAUCUUCUACUUUGUCAAUAAGCUGGACAUUGUGGAGUUCAUUCCUUCGCUGUUAUAUUUUGGUUACACCGCCUUGAUGGUUCUGUCCUUUUGGCUGCUAACGGGCACAAUCGGUUUCUACGCCGCCUACAUGUUCAUAAGGAAGAUCUAUGCCGCAGUUAAGAUCGACUGA